UUUGAGACCCGUGUUUGGAGUUCUGCUGCUGAAGCUGUUUCCAUUCCCACUGUGAGAAUAUGGCUUGCAUGAAACUUGGAUCCAAAACUGAUGCCUUCCAGAGGCAAGGGCAGGCUUGGUUCUGCACAACCGGACUUCCUAGUGACAUUGUUGUUGAAGUUGGGGAAAUGUCCUUCCAUCUUCACAAGUUCCCUUUACUUUCUAGAAGCGGUGUUAUGGAAAGAUUAAUCGCAGAAGCAUCUGACGAAGAAGAAAAAUGUUUUAUAUGCAUCUCCAACAUUCCUGGAGGGGCCAAAACUUUUGAACUUGUUGCGAAGUUCUGCUAUGGAGUGAAACAUGAACUCACUGCCUCAAAUGUUGUGUACAUUCGAUGUGCUGCUGAUCAUCUAGAAAUGACUGAGGAAUAUGGGGAAGGCAAUCUUAUUGUGCAGACUGAAACCUUUCUUAAUCAAGUAGUCCUCCGGAAUUGGAAAGAUUCUCUAAGAGCACUUCAGACAUGUGAUGCUAUUAUUUCUUAUGCGGACAAGCUGAAUGUUACAAAAAGGUGCAUCGAAUCGUUAGCCACAAAGGCAUCUACUGACCCCAACCUAUUUGGGUGGCCCAUAAUGGAAUAUGGUGGUCCAAUGCAGAGCCCUGGUGGAAGUGUGUUGUGGAAUGGGAUAAGUACAGGGGCCAAACCAAAAAAUACAAGUUUGGAUUGGUGGUAUGAGGAUGCAUCAAAUUUAAGUUUACCUCUCUAUCGGAGAUUGAUUUCAGCCAUGGAGUCUCGUGGUAUCAGAGAGGAGACAAUUUCCGGCUCACUUACUUUUUAUGCAAAAAAGUACCUACCUGGUUUGAUCAGGCGUCAAGGCGCCAAGGAUUCUAACACGAGUGCCUCUCUUGCACCUGUGGCCUUGGGGGCUUCUCUAUCGGAAGAAGAUCAGAAGAAUUUGCUGGAGGAGAUUGAUAGGUUGCUUCCUAUUCAGAAAGGCCUUGUCUCAACCAAGUUUUUGUUUGGACUGCUUCGGACAGCCAUGAUUCUUCGAGCAAGCCCCUCUUUUAUAUCUAACUUUGAGAAAAGGAUCGGGUUGCAGCUUGAUAAAGCAACUCUGGAAGAUCUACUGAUGCCUAAUUUCUCUUAUUCCAUGGAAACACUUUACAACGUAGACUGCGUGCAGCGAAUUCUUGAGCAUUUUCUUGCCAUGGAUCAAAUUACUGGUGGAGCCUCUCCAUGUUCGGCUGAUGAUGGUCAGAUUAUUGGCUCUCCGUCAUUAACACCAAUUACGAUGGUAGCCAAGCUAAUCGAUGGGUACCUUGCGGAAGUUGCCCCUGAUGUUAAUUUGAAGCUCCCCAAGUUCCAGGCUCUUGCUGCAUCAGUUCCUGACUAUGCCCGGCCAUUGGAUGAUGGUCUUUAUCGUGCCAUAGACAUUUAUCUCAAGUCACACCCAUGGUUGUCGGAAUCAGACAGAGAACAGCUAUGCCGGCUGAUGGACUGCCAGAAGCUCUCCUUGGAAGCCUGUACCCAUGCUGCACAAAACGAGAGACUGCCACUGCGAAUAGUUGUCCAAGUCUUGUUCUUUGAGCAGCUUCAGCUUAGGACUUCAAUCGCCGGUUGCUUUUUGGUUUCAGAUAAUCUUGAUGGAUCGCGACAGUUAAGAAGCGGGUUUGCAGGGUCAACUGAUGUAGGGUGGACCUCAACUGUGAGAGAAAACCAGGUUUUGAAGGUAGGCAUGGAUAAUAUGAGAAUGCGGGUUUCUGAGCUUGAGAAAGAAUGCUCAAACAUGAGGCAAGAAAUAGAGAAGCUAGGCCGGGAAAAGGGCUCCUCAAGCACUUGGGGUACUGUGUCGAAAAAAUUCGGAUUUAAGUUGAAGUCUCAAAUGUGCAGUGCACAGGAGGAUUCUAUAAGCAAACAGAAGAAUGGAAGGGGAAAGAUUGAGAUAGUGCAGGAAAUGAAAGGAAAGCACAAAAAAUACUCGAGUAAAGAUGACUAAUGCAAUCAAUCACAAUGGAUUUUCUUGUAUUCAUCAUUCUGAUCCUCUUGGUUGUCAUUGUUGUUGUUGUUUAGUUGUACUUUUAAACUUUUUUAUAAACCAGAGUUUACCACCUU